AUGCACUGGGCCCGGGCUGCCGCAGCCCUCCUCUGGCUGCAGCUUGUGCUCCUCGGGGGCAUCGGGGCGCGGCGGGAGCCCAAGAGGCCACGGCAGCCCGGCCAGCGCACCGAGCACCCCACCGCCACCGCGUCCAACAGCGAGGGGCUGCCAGGCUCCCCCAAGCCGCCUGAGGCCUUGGGGCCUGAGUUCUCAGAUGCCCACAUGACAUGGCUGAACUUUGUCCGGCGGCCAGAUGAUAGGGCCUCGAAGAGACGGUGCCGGGGCCGGGACAAGAAGUCGCGAAGCCUCUCUGGCCCCCCAGGGCCUCCUGGGCCCCCUGGGCCCCCCGGCCCCCCCGGUGCAGCAGUCAACCAGGAGGCCCUGUUGCGAGAGUUUCAGGAGAUGCUGAAAGAGGCCACCGAGCGCCGGUUCUUGGGGCUGCUGAGCCCCUUGCUGCCUGAAGGGACAGGCAGGUGGCUGGUGGCUGAGGCCUUCCACUGUGGACUGAAGGGCCCUACAGUGGUGGACGAGAGGACACUGCUGGAGCUGCGUGGCUUCCAGGCUCCCACUGCCCAGGGCGCCUUCCUGCGGGGGUCUGGCUUGAGCCUGGCCUCGGGCCGGUUCACAGCCCCAGUGACCGCCAUCUUCCAGUUUUCUGCCAGCCUGCAUGUGGACCACAGGGAGCCGCAGGGCAGGGCACGGCUGCGGGCUCGGGACACAGUGCGGGCGCUCGUCUGCAUUGAGUCCCUGUGUCAUCGACACAUGUCCCUGGAGGCCAUCUCGGGCCUGGAGAGCCGAGGCAGGGUCUUCACCAUGCAAGUCCAGGGUCUGCUGCACUUGGAGGGGCCCCAAGGCGGCCGCCGCCGCGACGGUCGUUCAGGGCCCUGUGAGGCAGCCGCUGAGGCGGCCUCCCGCCGGCCUUGCACGGGCACGGCUGACGGGUUCUGGCCGGGUGUCCGGAAGGAGCCCAGCCCUCAAGGGGAUCUGGCUUCUGCGGCGACCGGCCUCUCAGAGGAGGACCACGGGAAGAGGGGACGGGCAGCCUUCUCGCUCAUAGCCAGGACCCCCCCCAUCCUGCCCCUCCAGCCUCCUGCCACGGACCGAGGUUGGGGCCUGGCUGCUAAGCUAGUGGGGGCUCCUGGCCCCCAAGAGGACUUUCCAGCUGUCCUGAGCCAGAUGCCCACAUUCCUGUCUGCCCUCAAACACAGCACAUGGAGGGCACUGGAGGGGCAGGCCAUGACCCAGCCCCGAGACACCCCACCCCCAGGGCCCCAAGGCCUACAACCAGGCCAUGGACCCAAGACCAGGGAUCUGGCAGCGGAGGGCUGGGGCGUGCCAGAGGAAGCAUGCCCCCUCCCAGGGGCCCCUACCUAG